AUGUUAACCACCACGGUCUUAGAUAAAUCCGUCCAUUUGCAGAUUCGCAAUAUGUCAGGCUGGCGUGAAAUCCGAGGAGGAGUGAGUUCACACGGAAGAAUGUUCGACGAAAGAAUUCGUGAGCUCCAGCUCGAGAUCGAGCAUAUGCGAAGGCUUCGAGAAGCCGCUGCACAUGAAAGAGGAGAGCAGUUUGCCUCAGAAAGGAAAACAAACUUACUAAAAACUCCAGAACUCUGA